CAUACACACACAGUAGUAGUCAGGCUGGGACAACAAGAAACGAACGGCAAGGAAGUCCAUCGCUAGAAUUGGAAAAAAUACGAAAAAGAAAAGUGUUCUUUCUGGGCUGUAGAUUUUUAUAUUUUUGUGAGUGCAGAGAUUUUUUGCAAAAAAUAUUUUCUAAAGAAAAUACACCAGUGACCUCCAGUGCACAAAGAAAUAAAUAAGAAAAAAUCAAUAGAAAACGUUGAAAAUCGAGAAAAAGAAACGACGCGACAAACUCUUCCGCAGAAAUGUUAAAUUUCUAAAAUCGAAAGUUUCGGUUUGGCUAUAAUGAUGUUCAUACGCAUUCUAUUAGCAGCAAUAUUAUUGUACAAAGGAAUUGAGUGCCAAUACAAAAGCAUGGAAAGCGAUUUCAAUAUCAACCACAACGACCAUCAACAUCACGAUGCCAUUGUUAUGCCGAAUGGCCAUAACAAUAAUGGUGGACUGGCGUACGAUGCCAGCAAUGGCAAUCACAACAGCAACAACAACAAUAAUAAUGGCGAUAUGUACAAACAAGCCAAUAAACCCCUGGACCGGGGACCAUAUUUCGAUACCUCGGCGACAAAGAAUGUCACCUCGCUGGUAGGGCGAACGGCCCAUCUCAAUUGUCGCAUCAAGAACCUGGGCAACAAGACGGUCUCCUGGAUCCGACACCGGGACCUGCAUUUACUGACGGUCGCUGAGACCACCUACACAUCGGACCAACGUUUUACUUCGAUUUUCAACAAGGCCACGGAUGACUGGUCGCUGCAAAUCAAAUACCCUCAGCUAAAGGAUACGGGGACAUACGAAUGCCAAGUGUCAACGACACCGCCAGUCGGUUACACAAUGUUGUUUUCCGUGGUGGAGCCGAUCACUAGCAUACCCGGCGGACCCGAUAUGUACAUCGAUGUGGGAUCAACAGUGAAUUUGACCUGUGUGGUUAGACAUCUGCCCGAUCCUCCGCACUCGGUGCACUGGACGCACAAUAACGAAGAGAUUAACUACGACUCGGCCCGGGGCGGGGUGUCGGUGAUAACGGAGAAGGGUGACAUAACCACCUCACACCUGCUCAUACAACGUGCCACCUCCGCUGACUCUGGAAUGUAUACCUGCCUGCCGUCGAAUGCCAAUCCGAAAUCGGUGACCGUGCACAUACUGCAAGGUGAACAUCCCGCCGCCGUUCAGGGCACCCGGAAGAUAACCGCGUACGUCAUCCACAUUCCCAUCAUCCUGGCGUUCAAUCUGUAUCUGUUAUGACCAAUGAUGGUGUGGAUUUUAUAAAAACUAAAAUCUCCAACCAA